ACUGGUUAGCGCAGAAUGAGUUCGCCGUUUCUUUCUUCCGGGUCUAUUAGCAGCAUGGAUGUUUCAGAGAAUUGGCCUGAAGUAGAGAAAGCCGCUAAAGAAAAGAGACGCGAAUUGGUCCUGCAAGGUGCAGUUAUUGAUGAAAAGAUAUCUUCGAACGGAGGGCUGUGUUCCACAGUCUAUUCUCUCAAGCUCCUAAAUUAUCUAGAAAUCAUCCAAUGCCCGAGUUUGACAGAAAUUCACGAAGAUAUAAAAAAUCUGACCGCUCUAACGAGCUUGAUUCUUUGUAGGAAUAAGCUAAACUCUAUUCCAAAAACCAUUGGCAAUCUAAAGUCCUUGAAAGUCCUGGACAUUUCAGUUAACAACCUAAAAUGUUUGCCUGAAGAGAUAACCCAGCUAAGUGAACUAAAUACACUGAACGUGAGCUGCAACAACAUCGAGUCACUUCCAGAAAAUCUAUGUAAUUUUACGAAGCUCUCUACCAUAAACAUCUCAAAAAAUGACAUCACUCGGUUCCCUGAUGACUUCUAUCGUCUUGAUCUCCUCAGCAAUGUCAUCGCCUCUGAGAAUUCCAUUGAAGAGCUGAGUGGAGAUGUUCACAAACUUUCUGCUCUAAAGGUUUUGGACCUAUCCAACAACAAGAUCACUGACAUCCCCUAUGAACUGAGUGACUGCGCCAAACUGAAGGAGAUCAACUUCAAGGGUAACAAACUCAAAGACAAGCGGCUGGAGAAGAUGGUCAAUGGUUGUCAGACCAAGUCCAUUCUGGACUACCUUAGAGUCGGUGGUCGGGGGAAAGGCAAAGGCAGCAAGCAAGCUGAAGGGGAAGGGGACAAGACUGAAGGGGGCAGGAAUACAGAAAAGAACCUGACCAAAAAGCAGCGGAAGCAGCAGCAGAAGAAGAAGAAUGAGGAGGAUGAGGAUGAAAUGGAUGAGUUGAACCGGCUUGUGGUGAAGGUGCUUCAUGUAUCUGACAACCCUGGGGCAUUCACUGUAAAGGUAGCCAAUGAGCUCAAGGAUGUACGCCCGUACUUGGUGUGCUGUGUGAUCAGAGGCAUGAACUUCAGGGCUGGAAAUGCACUCAAGAGGUUCCUGGUUGCUCAGACCAAACUUCACGAUGACCUGUGUGGUAAAAGGACCUCUGCAACCAUCGCAACUCACGACAUGCAGCGACUCAAAGGACCUCUCAUGUAUGUUGCUAGACCUCCUUCCAUGUUGAAGAUAGUCCCCCUGGGCCGUAAGGAGAUGACUGCAGUGGAGCUCAUGAGGCAGCUGCAGCUGGAAGCAGAAGACCAGAGGAAACAGAGGAAGAGGCAGAAUGUGUCUGGCCUCCACAAAUACCUACAGCUUCUUGAUGGAAAAGAACUCUAUCCAUGUUUGGUGGAUGCAGAAGAUAAUGUCAUCUCAUUUCCACCAAUUACCAACAGUGAAAAAACCAAGAUUAGGAAGACAACGAAGGAGCUGUUCUUAGAAGUGACCAGUUCUACCAGCCUGCAGAUCUGUAAAGAAGUGAUGGAUGCUCUCAUAGUGAAAAUGGCGGAGCUAAACAAGUUCACAUUGGAGCACAGAGAGGAGGCUGGAUCAGAGGAAGACUCGGACGCUCCCCCAGAACCUGCGUCAGAUGGUGCCGCCUCAGGAGAACUGGUCAUCCAACAGGUUCGCACCACGGACCCUGACGGAAACCUCAAGGUUGUGUACCCAUCCAAAACGGAUCUCUCCACUGACGUUGGCAACCUGAACGUUAUCUGGUAGUUAUGCAACUGCUUGCCUUUAGAUUCACAGUACUUUGUAUGAAAUGCCACUGUUCAAUUAGUUUCAUUUGCUGAGUUAUGAUAUUUAACAGCAGCAAUUAAAUCACUCAUUUAUAAAAUGAGGAGGUAGUGUUUUAUUGCCUUGCUUAAAUGUUCUUGAUUAUUAUUUGCCCCUCACAGUUAAUGUAUGGAAUAACCACCUACCUGCCCAACUUAAAAUAUCAAAAUGUUUUUGUAUACAUAUUUUUAUAUUGCUAACACUAAAGGCAACUCAUUUGAUUGUAUAAUGUUAUUAUUAUUAUUGACAAGUACUAUAAGUUUGUAGCUAGCCUGUUUGGUCAGUUGAGUGUAAACAUAGUUAGUGACAACUUUUAGCAAUUUUGAACUAAAUCAUAAGACCCUUUGCCAUUCCCCUCUUUUAGUAAGGGCUGGGAUUGUGUGUAAUGUAAUAUUUAAACAAUGUCUUAAAUAAAUUGAACUUUGAAGGCA